AACAUCAUCGCCUGUUCUGCCUCAGAUCUCUCGCUUCCACUUCUGGAUCCUCAAUGUUUCUUCCGCAUGUUCCUGGCAUUGACUAGUACGUGUACGAAUCCCGAGUACAAAAAGAGUCUUCCACUACCAUCGCUCCACACCGCUGUCACCAAACCUGAUCUUUGAUCCAUUGCCAGAAUCUUCCUUAAACAAGCCAACCCUUGAUAUCCCCCCGUCCGCCUCUCCUUCUGCCACACCUCCAAACAAACAACUCAACAUCUCUCUAGCCACACCUUGUGCCUCGCCCUCACCCUCACCCAUCGUCAUCAGUUUUUGUCACAACGAACCAACACUGACCUGGACCCUUCCCUACUACUCGUAGUAGUACAUCACCUCAUCGCCUUGGACCUUGAUCUCCUCUACACCGCAUAUUUUACACCACAAUGGCGGCUCUUGGUACCUUGUCUGGGACCGCCUCUGCCGUGGACAGCAUCAAUGACUUGGAUGGAUAUACCUUCCGAGACUACAGCUUUCCCUCCGCAACCGCCUUCGCACCUACACAAGAAGAUGACUUUGGUUUCGACCCGGCUCCUAUCAAGCCUACUACUUCUCUCAACAACUUCCAGCCCUACAGCCCUCCUACAGACCUCUCACUCUCUGAAUGGCCCGACUUCCAGCGCGAUGACGAUAUGAAGCCUUCUCUGGGCGAUUCUCCAUUGAGUUUUGCUCCAUUUGAGGCCGAUGGCUUCGUCAAGGCCGGCCUUCCAAACUCCAGCACUGCCGUCUCUCGAUAUGGCCAGAUGACCCCACCUCGAUCCAACUCAGCAGCCAGCUCAGACUCUCUCAAGCUCGAAGAGAAACACUCUCCCAAGUCCACGGCCCCUGAGCCACGCCGUAAGCGAGCUUCCAAGGCUCAGCCCAAAGAAGACGACUCGGUACUGGCAUCUACUACAGCUACAUCCGGUCGGAAGCGGAAAUCUUCUAAAAAGUCGGGGGCAGACAAGGGAGCAUCUCCAGAGGAGCAGAAGAGAAAGCAGUCGCUAGAGAAGAAUCGCCUAGCUGCUGCAAAGUGCCGCAUGAACAAAAAAGAAAAGACCGAGCAAUUACAGCGAGAUUCACACGACAAGGCAGUGCAAAAUGCUUAUCUCAAAGAUCAAAUCAUGCGCAUGAAGGACGAGAUUCAACAGAUGAACGCACUCCUUCUCGCCCAUGCCAACUGUGAGGAAUGCAAGGCACCGGAGGAGAUUCAAGCCCACCUUGCACAUCUCGGUAGCGAUUUCUUCACUACGCACAUGGGAUUUGGCAAUACCAAUUUUGGCGACUUUUCCUCCCAGAUGAACUUCCCUGAAUUGCCAGCUAUGGACAACGAUUACUUUGACCAGAGUCACAGCCAGAUGCAGGCUCAUCCGCCGCUUCCCGAGUUCAACCGCUCUGCCGAUUUCGAGGUGCAAACCCCCAUGCAGCUGGAUUGAGGACUGUUUUCGGCCCAACACUCGAGCUACCCCUCUGUAGCUCUCAUCACGAAUUGACCCCUGCACAGCGGAGAGUUCGGAUUCCAAGCAAUCAUAGCUGUCGCAAUCUCGUCGCGCCGAAGCUACCAAAGCAAAACGAGUGCGGUGCCACCUUUCCCCGCACUCCUGUGGCGGUGCUGCCUCGGGCCAACGAGUUUGUCCUACCUACCAAGUCCCAACACCUUAUGAUCCCCUGGCUAUAUUUUCCAGCACGCUUUUUUGUGGGAUUGUUACGCAAAUGUGCUUUGUAUGACGCGAACGGUGUGAAUUAUGUGAUGUGGGAAGUCACCUUCUCUGGGGCAAAAGUGAAACCUGCUCUGUAACGACAGAAUCUUUUGCUGCACUUUGGCGGAUCAGCGAUUGGGGCUGAUUAACCAAUGAUCGCCACCGCUAAAGCACGGUUCUCAAGAUUUUGAGUGGGUGAAAUUGACGUCAAUCGUCGACGGGCGGACGAUUGAUCCGGUCGAUCGGACAGAGGCGAUUCUACUAAGAAGGUGAUCGGCAUUGAUGCCCUCUACGGUGCUUCGUUGUACGAUUAAUUGAUUUUACGAGUCCGCGCAGAGAAAGCGGAAAGGACGGAUGAUGAAGUCCCAGUCAAUGGAUGGGUGGGCAACAAUUAUGUUGUACUCUUGUUCCUUUGGUGUUCGUCUGGCUGGGAAGAUGUUUUCCUUGAGCAAGGGAGGCUGGUUUUCCACAAAGAGCAUCGUAUAUGAUUCGAGAGGCUCAGGACUUUUGCACGAUUGAAAUGUUGUUAUGAACCGAUACCCAUCGGGAGGGUUGCUAUGCUUUCUACGCGCCUAUUCCAGUACAACUAGGCAUACUUACAGAAGUAUCAAAAUACAAAUACUAUUUAAUUCUGAGAAGAAGUAUUGUUUUUGUGACUUGUGAAGUUCGCGAUAUGACCACUUUGGAACCAUGUGAAAGAGAAAUUUGUGCAGAUGGGCGGAUUUCUUUGCCACAUGUGAAGGAGAGGGGAAAUGUACUUGUGGCGCUGUAAUAUUAUUGUGGUGGUCAUUUAUUGAUCGACAUUUACCGAGGCCAAUUUGAGGAACGAAGAGGGAGAGAGACAAGUAUUCACGUAAAAUCAGUUCGAGUGAGCCUGGACUAUGGGAACGGGAUGAGAGGGAACCGACCAAUGAAUGUGGUUUUGGAAGAAAUAACCGCGGGUUUUAUUGAACAAGGGUACGGGAAACAGCUGAACGACAUGGUUUGAAAACGCUCAGAUAUUUUUACAAGGUACUCAAUUAUCCUGUUGUACGUACUGAAGUGUGGUACCUUCCGGACUUGAUGUCGUGACUUUUACUUUUUUUAACUUUUUCACCGUAUGUACCUUGAAAGUAUCCUUGGUACUUCGUAUGAGGAUGGAUUUUCUAGGGUACAUGUCAGAACGAAAAAGGACCAUGAGUACCUAGGUAAACUCUCUCGAAUUACGAAGUACAGAGGCAACGCAAUGCGCCGAGAUAAUCACUUCAGCCAUGCAAGGGGGCCGUAGGUGAAUCCCCCCCUCCUCCUCC